GUCAAUCGCCGGUUGGAUUUUCCGGUCACUUUCUCUCUCUAAAACAUAUGCUCUCUGUCUCUCUCUCUCCAUAUAUGCAUUGCAUAUAGAUAUGUAUGCAUUUAAUGUUUGUUGACUAGAGAUUCUUGUUCACAACCAAAUGAGGCUUUGAUCUUUAAUGAGUAUUCUCUGAAAUAGGGUUUUUGGUUCUCUCUCCCCCAGGGUUUAUAAAUUCCAGCACAAAAUUGAGAAUCGGCAUUGUAUUUUACCUGGCCUAGGGUUCCAUUCUGUUCUACUUGAAGGCUAAGUGAGCUUAUAAUUAGUAUCUGAGGGUUUUGGGUAUACUUGGUUGUACUAGAAGAUCCAGUAGUGGCAAUGGCAUCGUACAGGCCUUUCCCGCCACCUCCACAGUCAUUUAGUCCACCGAACCCCCUUCCACCACCACCACCGCCUCCACAAUCACAUUGGGCUUACAGUGGUGGUGGUGGUGAUGGGUCGUCUUUCUCUCAGAGCUAUAACCCAAUGCCUGCAAAUUCGGGUUUGCAGCGUGGAGGUUAUGGAGCACCAUCAUCACAACACUACAUUGCUCCAUCUAUGAAUCAGCUUCAGCCUCCACAUCCUCCUCUUAAUCAUCUUCAACAGCCGCAACAACAAUAUUCAUACCCACCACCACCACCACCACCUCCGAAGGAACCUUCAUACCGACCUCCACCACCUUCUUCCAUGUCUCAGAAUUCAAUGAACUUACCACCACAGCCCACACAACCUCCAAACCGACUACCACCGCCUCUUUCAAUGUCUCAGAAUUCAAUAAACUUUCCGCCACAGCCCACACCAGCUCCAAACCGACCACCACCACCUCCUUCCAUGUCUCAGAAUUCAAUUAACUUACCGCCACAGCCCACACCAGCUCCAAUGUACUACCUGUCUUCUCAGUACUCACAAUUCAAUCGUCAGCAGUUGAAGCCGCUAGAACCACCACCUCCACCUCCACCACUGCCUCCUCCGCCCCAGAGUUCUUCAAUUCCUCCACCUGCACCCCCUCCAUCUCCACCGCCACCUCCCUCAUCCUCUCCAACAAUUAGCCAAAGUAAGGAAAUUAGACCAGAUGGUGAAAAGGGGGCAUCUAAGGAACUAGUGGUCCCUCGGUUGCGAGAAUUGGAGCAUUCAAAUCAGGGGGCUCCGCCUAAACAACAUAAGCCUCCUGUUCCCCCAGUGUCAGCUAAGAAAUCAAAAGGGCAUUCGGGGAGGAUUGAGACGGAGGAAGAGAGGAGGUUACGAAAGACAAGAGAGCUGGAAAAACAAAAGCAAGAAGAGAAGCAAAGGCAGCAGUUAAAGGAAUUGAAAAACACAGUGCUGCGAAAGACCCAAAUGCUAUCUUCUGGGAUGAGGGGGCAUGGUUCGAUUAGUGGGUCACGGUUGGGUGAGAGGAUAACUACUCCACUUUUUAGUGGUGAGAGGAUUGAAAACCGGUUGAAGAAGCCGACUACUUUCCUUUGCAAGUUGAAAUUUCGGAAUGAACUACCAGAUCCAACUGCACAACCAAAGCUUCUGUCUUUAUGGAGAGACAAAGAUCGAUUCACUAAAUACACAAUUACAUCAUUGGAGAAAUUGCACAAGCCUCAACUAUAUGUUGAGCCAGAUCUAAGCAUACCGCUUGACCUACUUGAUCUCAGUGUAUACACUCCUCCCAAUGAUGAAAAGCUACACCUUGAUCCAGAAGAUGAAGAAUUGUUGCGGGAAGAUGAUCCUGUAACCCCUAUCAAGGAAACUGGAAUAAAAAGAAAAGAACGGCCUACUGACAAAGGUGUUUCUUGGCUGGUUAGAACGCAGUAUAUUUCUCCUCUUAGCGUGGAAGCAGCAAAACAGUCUCUGACUGAAAAACAAGCAAAAGAACUGAGGCAAACAAGAGGCCGCAACAUUUUGCAGAAAUUUAACAAUAGGGAAAGUAAAAUCCGGGAAAUCGAGGCUUCCUUUGAGGCCUGCAAGGCACAGCCCGGUCAUUCAACCAAUAAGAAACUACAGCCUGUUGAGAUUCUGCCGUUACUACCUGAUUUUGAUCGGUACGAUGACCCGUUUGUCAUUGCGGCAUUUGAUAGUGCUCCUACUGCGGAUUCAGAAACAUACAGCAAGUUGGACAAAUCUGUUCGCGAUGCCUAUGAAUCACAGGGCAUUAUGAAAAGUUUUGUGGCAACAGGCUCAGGCUCGGCUAAUCCAGAAAAGUUUUUGGCAUACAUGGCCCCUUCACCUGAUGAGAUUCAGAAGGACAUGUAUGACGAAAGUGAAGACAUCUCAUUCUCAUGGGUUCGCGAGUACCACUGGGAUGUGCGUGGUGAUGAUGCAGAUGACCCCACAACAUACUUCGUGUCAUUUAGUGAAUCAGAGGCACGCUAUGUGCCCCUUCCUACAAAGCUCAUCUUAAGGAAAAAGAGGGCCAGGGAAGGAAAAUCGAAUGAAGAAGUUGAACAUUUUCCGCCACCUUCAAGAGUGACUGUAAGGAGGAGAUCAACUGUUUCUGCCAUACAAUCGAAGGAAUCCGGGGAGAAUUUAUUGAGUUCAAAGAGAGAAGACAUUGAAGACGGUGAUGGGAGACAACAGAAGGUCGUGCAAGACCAAGAAAUGGAUCAAUCUAGUGGGGCUGAAUAUGACAUGUCCGAUUGAUUGCCAUUGUUGCAACUGUUGAAUAUAUAGGAGGGUAAGAGUAAAAGGAUAGAAAAGUUGGAAAUAUGGUCAUGUUUUUAUGUAUGUAGAAUGAUAUGUUUAGUUGUUAAUCUGCCUAAUAGAGCCUUGCCCUUUUCUUCAGACUUGCAUGUUUUCUGUCCCAUUUAUUGUAGUCGUUUGUUAUAUUAGUGCUUCUGUUUUACUUAUAUAUA